UAAACAUAUAAUCAAUUUAUUUGAUUGGCUCUCAACGCAUGAUUUAAGUCGUUGUCAAAGUUGUUAUAAUUUUGUUGAAAAAUAGUUUUUGCCAAAAAUCGACUUAAAAUAACACUUUCAUAGAGUCUCUAAACUUUGAAACAAUGCAUAUAUUUGUAAAAAUAGUUUUAUUUGCUUUAACUGUAACUCAAAUUAAUGGCGUCGACUUCACUGAUUGCGGAUCAGCUACGGGUAAAGUGACGGCCAUAUUAGUGACGGGCUGUUCCUCGUCCUCUGAUAUUUGUGACUUCAAAGCGGGAACCAAUGUCUCAAUUGAAGUAAAAUUUCAGUCGGAAACCAAUUCAAACGCAGCAACGGUUAAAAUAUGGGGAAUUAUUGCAGGUGUGCCUGUACCUUUUGAUCUAAAGCCCAGUGAUGCCUGCAGUCAUUGGAAUAUAAACUGUCCGAUAGUUAAUGGAAAUAAUUAUGAUCUCAAGAUAUCGGUUCCCAUACUCUCACAGUAUCCCAAAAUCAAAGUACAGGUUCGGGUGGCGCUCUUGGAUGCCAACAAUAGUAAACUAUUCUGUCAACAAUUUCCCGUUCAAAUUGAUUAACAACUUAUAUAAUUUCGAUUUUUUAUACAAUUUAAAUUACACUCAACUCAAACAUACAGUAUAAUUGAGUUAUAAAUUUACAGUAUAAGUC